CUCCCCACUACCACCAUCUACGCUGGCAGUAACAUCUGAGGCAGCCUGAGCUUGCCCUUUCCUCGACUCCUACGUUCUUCUGAACGCCAAACUAGGAAGUAAUACUUCGAAUCUGGUCUUUCCCAAAGGACUCGCCUGAAAGGGACUUCUCAUUGUGUUCUGCGCAUCCGAUCCUCUUUGUCCCGUCGGACACUUGGCAUUAUCCGUGCAUUGUUCUCCUCGAUACCUGUAACCAAGCAAGCCUGGCACGAGGCAAACUAGCCACGAUCGACAAACGUCGGUUUUGAACAUUGUGUCAUUCAACUCUUGCAGUGCUUAUAAAUCCCACAAUGGUACUGAAUCCCAACUCUGCUCCUGCUUCCUCUUCUUCCUUUCCCCUGUCUGCCCUCCCGCACUCCGUAUUGCCACCCGUCCCACCUCCGCCACACCCUGCGCGCCCCAACCACCGGAAACGAAUAUCACAGUGGACACAUUCCAUUUCUGCUUCCUUACCGGGAGACGCUCCAAUACAUCGCUCUUCUGUACUCUUCCGCGAUACUCUGAACGCCCACUACGUGCAAGAAGAGGAACCCACAUCCGACAACGCAACCUCGUCUCGCGACACCACCGUCUUCGAUACACCCUCUAUGUCCUCACUAAUCCGAAAGCGACGGCAGGGCAAGGAUCGCUCAAAGCCCGUGCAGGAAGGUCUUGUACAUUCGAAAUCUACCCCACAUCUCCCUCUCCCGGACUCCUUCAUCCCAUCAUCCCCUCCCAAAGCCCCAUCCAAAUACAGAACCAGUCGUCGUCCUUCCACCUCCCAUGGCGAGUCGUCCUCGUCGCCUAGACCCUCCGCAGACGAUCCGAGAGCCGCAGCUCGGCAAGGGAUCGCUUUCCCGCACAAUAAGCCGCCGGCCAACAGCGGCGGCACUGGCCCGAACAACAACAAUGGAGGGUCCUUGUUUCGCAAAGUGACGAAACAGCGUUCGCUGGGCAAUCUCUUCCAAGGACGAUCGUCCGGUGAGCACAGCGACUCGACGGUCACCUCAGCGCUUGCAUCCCCGACGUUUUCGGGACUCGGACACUCGCCACAAUCGAGCGUCUCGUCGGUGUUGGAGGGAUUGGAGGCGGCCCCUGUGAGUGGAAAAAGGUGGUCGAGGGAGGAACAGUCGGGCGCGGGAGAUAUCGAUGACCGGAGGAGCACAUUCCAAGAGAGGCCGUUCUUCAAGAUUGGAAGGGAUGGGAUGACAAGGUAUCAUCCGUAUUCGGAUUGCAAUGUGCCGUAUUCCUUGCCUUAUGAUGACGCGACACUCGAAAACGAACGAUAUACCACCAUGCUGCUACGACGGUUGACUCCCAAUCACGGACCAUCGUUUCACGAUUAUGGCGAUAAACCGCCAGCACGGGUCCUCGACCUCGGAUGCGGGCGAGGUGAUUGGAUAGUCGACUCUGCAGGGUCGUGGCCCAAUACGAAGUUCACAGGCCUCGACCUGGUCCGACUUGCAGAGGACUGUUGGGAGCUCAGCGACUCCGUGAUCAAUAACAUUGGCUGGGUUCAACAUGAUUUCCUGCAUUAUCGACUCCCCUUCCCAAACGACUCCUUCGAUUUCAUCCGUCUCGCAAACCUCACCCUCGCAAUCCCAGGACCAGAGUGGCGCCGUCUCUUCGUCGAAGUUGAACGCGUACUCGCGCCCGACGGCCGUAUGGAGCUCAUCGACGAUGAGCUCUUCUUCCCCUACAUGGAUAUUCCUGCUCCCCCACUGGCUCCUGUCUCGCGGGAUCGAGAUACACCGCCCGUGAACGCUAAUAGGCGGAUAUCCACCAUCGACCGUGACCUGGAUCCAUCGUUCGACAACGAGGAUGAGGACGAGGAAGAUGCUUACGACGGAAUCGUAGCUGCACGCCGGCCCAGCGCGAACGAUUCCUGCUUGGACUACUACUUCGACUCUUCAGACUCCCACGCUUCGUUCAAUUCCUCAGAUUCCAAACAAACCGACACCGAGGCCAAGCGACAGUCGUACUCUUCAACGGAUACAUCGAAUACGAGCAUGGGCCAUAAGGACUCUCAAGGCGAGUUCGAUCGCUCACUUGAUGUGGCGCACGCCCUUGAGGCUCUGCAUGCCACUGCGCUGAACGAGAAGUACAACAUCCAGCCGCAUCCGUCGGAUUAUAAUAGGAUUAUGACGGAGAGGGCGUUGGUCGUUGCCUUCGGGAGGGACUGCGUACGCAAGUCGAAGGACAGGAGGGUCUGUCUGCCGAGCAAAGAAUGGUUCGAAGAGAUGGGUGUUGAUGCGUUAUUGAAAGAGAAAGAAAAAGAGAAGGGAAAGAACAGUAAUUGGCCUUUGUUCACCGUCGAGUGGGAUACGAAGAAGGAUAGAGAGAAGGAUGAGUUUUCGACGGUGAAGAGUAACAAGGGGAGUAUGAGAAGUAGGAAGUUCUCAGAGCUGAUGGGGUCGGACGGGUUCGUCGCUUCGGCGACUACGACGGCCGCUUUCGGGCUUCCUUUAUCCACCAGCCCACCAUCGUUCUCCCCUCAUCUCCCCUCAUCUCCGCCGUCUAACGCCAGCACGCAGUCUUUUCACGCUAUGCACGCGUAUACGCCUCCGCAUCAUAGCCCACUGGCGUCAUCCAACAAACCCCUACCUUCCAUCCCAGGAUCCACUCCAUUCCCUACCACCAUGUCCGCCAAAGCCGCAAAGCUGCUAGGCGCACCAAUGCCACGUCCCGCUCCCAUACCUGCCUCACCUCCAAAGAAACCCGUCUUCUCCGCGCCGUUCUAUGCUCCUCCGUACCAGCCGAACGGGUUGGUGUUGUUCCCGGACGUGUUCAUGCCGAUGGAGGAGGAAGAGUUGGAGAUGCAUGUGCGAAGAAAUCUGCAGGUGGUGUUGAGUUCGGGAAGACUUUUGGAGGAGUUUGUCAGGGAGAAGGCGGAGAAGGAGGCUCAGAAGGAAGCUGAGGCGGAGGUCAUGACGGAGCAGGAGAGGGAAGCGAUAAGGGAGAUGCAGAGGGAGCAGGCGCUAGAGCGCGAGGAGAGCGAGGCAGAUGCAGAGAAAGAGAUUACGAAUGAGAGUGUGAAGGUCAUGAAGGAGAGAUGGUCGGUCAAGGAAGAGAUCGAGGAGUUGAAGGAUAUGUUGGGGGAGUAUGGAGCAUUCGAAAGACGAAGGUUCAAUUGGCCUCUCCACCCGUCGUGGCAGUGGAAAGACCGUGUUAAAGACGAGAAUUCCAAUACGCACAAACGCGACCGUACAGUGGAUGAGCCGAGUUCGUCGCGGAGCGGUACCUUUGCCAGUCGGGGGCGCAGCGAUUCGAAGUCUGGGAACAGUAAGACGAUGAUCCCCACGCCAAAUUGGCAAGAGAUUCAAGUGGAGAAUUUGAAGAAGAGUGAGAAGGGUUUGAUCUGUGUGAGGUCGUUCAGAGUGUUCCAGGUUCACAAGGCUGCGCUGGCGGAAUGA